AUGGAGAGCAAUUCGACAGACCAAGAACAAGCACAGAUUCAUGACAAGCGUCUAAAUAUCAUUAUGCAACGCGAUAUGCCGAUGGCUAUCAAGUUCUGGGAAGCCGAUCAUGUCUUGCUGCAAAGCGAACGAGAGCUGCUAGCAAAAGAGUUAUUCAAUAUCAAUAGUUUCACGACAAGUGGAGCUUUCGCUGUCUCAAUGGGAAUGUUAGCAGGUCCAACUAUUCUAGAUCGUCUUGUGAGACGUAGGAUUGGUCCCACUGGUAGAUUGCCACCACACAUGCCGAUAAGAGCACCAUUGAUGAAAUCACCACUUCUUUCCUUGGGAUUGGGCGUAAUCGGGUUUCAACUUGCUCUUACAGUCGGUGUGUAUGCCCUGUUCAAGAUCAAGAGAAGAAGCUUGUCAAAGGAGGCUAACGAGGGAAGCGGCGAAGCUGGGAGAUCAAGAAGAUUACUCAAUGUUUGGAAUGCUAUUCCUUGGCCUCAAAAUCCUGCUUUCAAGAUGAAGGAUCCACGUACCCUCACGGAAGAGGACAUUCACAGGCCAUACUAUCGGCCCAACAGUGAGCCCAUCGGUUUAGGAAAGUCCAAGCAGAAAGAGGAAAAAGACACCUCUGAAUGGCAACACUUGAGAGAAAUCAACUUUCCAAACGCAACCGCACUGGAAAGUGAUCAAGCGGAUCUGGAAAAUGAUCUGUUUCCCUCGCUCGAGCAGAAGAAUGCAGCAAGCUCUAAGCCUAAAAGCAGGUGGGACGAGAUCCGAGAAGAUAAGAAACCGACAAAGUUUAUUCCGUUCACCGAACUCGACGAGAAGAAUUUAGAAAAUGCCUACCUGCAAAAUUUAGAUACUGUUGAAGUCAAGGAGGAUCACCUUUAUGAGGUUGACUUGAAGUCCAUGGUUCUUUCCCCAGUCUACUGGGAAGGUCCCACGUACGAGGUUAGAAGAGGCCUUUGGUUUGACCACGAUGGAAUGCCUCUUCCGUCCGAGUUGGCCAAAAAGAUUGAAGAUGCUUACUGUCUUCGUCGUCCUUAUGAACAUAUUAAACAAGAAGGUACAUCUCAGAAACAGUCCAAGGACCUUAUCGCAAGUUUCAACAAGGAGAUAAAAGAGAUAAAAGAAGAAGUACAGCAAGACAAAAUCGACUUUUCAGAGGAAAGAGAUAUUGUCGAUUUGGGUGAUGGCCAAGCUGUUGUAUAUUUUGACAAUAACCAAGCUGCUUUGUUUCCGUCGACCAUCAGUCCUGUCCAGUUGGGUAUCCUUAGAAAGAUGGGCAAUAAGUCUGGUACUCUUAUGAACGUGACGCCAGUUCAGAGGGGCUACUCGGAGGACCUUGCUGCCUCGAUAAUGGACAGUAUUAAAAAAGCACCGGUGCCCUCUUUGACAGACAUCUUUCUGACAGAGUUUUCCAACUUGUUUUCGCCGCUGAAGGAACACGAAAAAGUCUUGUCCGAAUCGAGCAAAAAGGACAAGGACGAGAUGCUCCAGUCAGUAAUGGAAUCAGACUUUGAAGAGCUCAAAGGCACCAAAACCAAUCAUAGGGAAAUUGACCAUCUUGUGCUUUGUGUUCAUGGAAUCGGUCAAAUUCUCGGAUACAAAUACGAAUCUGUCAACUUCACUCAUAGCAUAAAUGUCUUGCGAUCAACCAUGAGAGACGUCUUUCAAAAUGAGGAGAAAUAUCAAAAGCUCGCCAUUGGAGAUUCUUUUGAUCCCAAAAAUGAGGAGCACAAGACCAAUAAUAGAAUCCAAACUUUGCCUGUGACUUGGAGGCAUAAGGUAUUGUUUCAUCCUAGUAAAAGAAUUGACGAUCUUGGCAACCUUGGGGACAAAAGGCUUCCAAGCUUGGCCGACAUUAAUGUUGAAGGUGUGAAGCCCUUGAGGAACAUUGUUGGUGAUGUCAUCCUUGAUGUGUUGCUAUACUAUGAACCAAAGUUCAUGCACCAGAUUCUCGAAAUUGUUGUUGAGGAGCUCAACAGAAUCUAUCGGUUGUACAAGGAGAGAAACCCUCAUUUUGAUGGCAAGAUUCAUAUAUUAGGUCACUCGUUGGGUUCAGCAAUUGCUUACGACUUGCUUUCAAUGCAAAUUGCGGGAGACCACAAACUUAAGCUUGACUUCGAUGUUGAGAAUCUUUUUUGUGUUGGAUCUCCAGUUGGGGCCUUCAAGUUGCUUCAAAGAAGAAAUAUUGUCUCAAGAGCCAGCCUUGAAAAGGACUAUAAUCCAUUUGAUGCAGACCUGAAGGUAUCUUCUCCGAUGUGUCUGAACUUGUACAAUAUUUUUCAUCCAUGUGAUCCGGUCAGUUAUAGAAUGGAGCCACUUAUAAAACCCUCCUUCUCGCAAAUGAAGCCGGAAGAGGUGCCAUUCGCUUUAAAGGGUUUCAACACCCAGGUGAAGAGCUUAACCACAUUUGGUGAUGAGGUGCAACAAAAGAUCUUUUCGAACUGGUUCGGAUCAAAGAAGGGUGGUAAGAUUAACAAGAUGAUAAAGGAAAAUGUAUCCGAAGAGAAUGCUUUGGGAGAUAUCAUCACAACAUUGGCAAGCCCAUUGUCCAGUGGCCUGGGUGAAGAUCUGAAAGACGAGCUCAAGGAUUCCUACCUUUCUGAUAACGAUAUUAAAGUUUUGACAGAACUCAAUCGUUCGGGUAGGGUUGACUAUUCGUUACCGACUGGCGUUUUCAGCAUAGCGCUAAUUUCAGCUAUUAGUGCACAUGUAUCAUAUUUCGAAGACCAGGACACUGCUGGUUUUGUCAUGAAAGAGAUUCUUAGUUCACUGCAGAAAUCUGUUGAGGCUAAGAAAGUCAAAGUAUACAAAUAG